AUGCUGAGAUUGCCACAUCAUCUGCACGCGGUGCUCUCCCGCUCGCGUUUGGGGGUUCCCAGAGUCUUUUCGCGACCUUUUUCAGAUCCUCAGCUGCAUUUCGCGACUUCACCUUCUCUAGAUAAUGCCUCUCCUGCUGCAGCAGCGGCGGUAAACUCCGCCUCAAUGCCCCCCCCAGAGCAACACCAGCAAGAACAGCAGUAUCAGCCAAGUGGUGCUCAUCGUCGAGAACACGUCGUUGUCUUGGGUACCGGCUGGGCUGCUGUGAAUUUUUUUAGAGACCUUGAUCCUGAUAAGUUUGAUGUUACUGUUAUUUCUCCUCGCAAUUAUUUCACCUUCACUCCUCUUCUCCCCAGCGUCUGCGCCGGCACCCUCACGCCUCUCAGCUGCAUUGAGCCAGUGCGAGGGUUUUCUAGAGACAGCAAAGGGAGACGUCUGCUGCAAUUCUAUGAAGCGCAUGCAACAGAUAUUGAUUUCACCAACAAACUCGUCGCCUGUACAAGCCGUUGCUCUCAGUUUAAAGUUCAAUAUGAUAAAUUAGUUGUAGCUGUUGGGACGGAUGCAAACACGUACGGAGUGCCUGGGGUUGAAGCAAAUGCUUUCUUUUUAAAAGAAGUUGAACAAGCUGUACAAAUUCGAAAAAGAGUUAUGUCUAACUUCGAAACAGCUGCAUUACCAACUACGGAUCCCAAGGAGCAGGAGCGUUUGUUGCAUUUUGUAAUUGUUGGUGGGGGGCCAACAGGCGUGGAGACAGCCGCAGAGUUUGCAGACUUUAUUCGCGAAGACAUGCAGCGAAUAUUUCCUGAGUUAAUGCCUCGCGUAACGAUAACAUUAAUCGAAGGAGGCAGCCGUGUGCUGCCUACGUAUGCAGCAGCAAUUAGCAAAUAUGCAGCAUCAGUGCUUACAGAUGUGCUGAGGGAGUUGCGACGUGUCGGUGUCUUGGUUGAGGCGGGAGCUGCCUCGUCUUCAGCGGAUAUUUCCUCAGCUUAA